AUGAUAAAGGAUUUACAGACGUGGGUAGUUGGAUCAAUCUUUGGUUCUGUUGUUGGAGGCCCAAAUUUGGAUGAAAGGAAGCGAUGCGCAGAGGAGGUAGCCAAGCGAAAUGUGUCAGGUUAUUGGAUUGGAGGGUUUGGUCUAGGAGAGGGGAUUGAAGAGCGACCUGCUCUUCUAAGUGCUAUUAUAGAUGUUUUGCCAGAUGAAAAGCCACGCAUGAUCAGUGGGCUCGGGCUCCCAGAGGAGAUCUUAGAAGGAAUUGAUGCUGGGAUUGAUCUUUUUGAUUCAACGUACAUAUAUUCCCUCACACAAGGAGGAUUUGCACUAACGUUUUCACUAGACAAGGGUGGAAAUCAAUAUGAUUUUCAGAAAAGCCAAAUUGGAAGGGACUUGACUAAAAUCAAUUUGAGAGCAAAAGUUUACAGAGCUGACAAAGCUAGUGGCAUGGCUAUUAAAAUCAUAAGUCAACUCUUAAAGGACAGGUUUACUUGCUCACAUAAGCCAAACUGUUCAACUUGGACAAACUCAGACUAG